CGCUUGCCAUGUGACCGGGCCGGCGGCUCAAUAUGGCGGCCUCCAAGGAGCGGUCCCAACGUGGGCUGAGGAAGAGACAGAGCCUGGCCGCACUUGCUGCUUAUUUCCUAGCUCUGCCCUGCUGUUUCCUGGGAGCUCAGGCUGGCAGCGUGGCCUGGGAUUCCAGGAACGCCGAUCUCUUGCUGCCGUAUCUUCCUCCUCAACAUGGACCUCAGCGUCGCCUUCGCUUCGCCAGGGAGUGUCGGACUCUCCUCCUCAGCAACACAACUCACGAAUCCUGGCCCAGCGACAACAGUAGCGAUUCCUCACUGGCCGUCACACGCGGAUUCGUUUCGUACGUUCCUCCAAAGGGUCCCAACAGCCAACAGGUGUACGGCCAUUUCACAGUCGUACGUGACCCUCUCAGGACGUUCUCUGUGUUGGAACCCAAAGGGCCGGGUGGAUGCCAAUCCCGGAUCACCGCGACGGUGGAAGAGACUGCCCGAAACGGCCGGUGCCUGGUGGCUCAGAACGGGGGCUAUUUCAACACGAAGACAGGAGAGUGCCUUGGGAACGUGGUGAGCGACGGGCGACUCGUGCAAAGUGCCGGAGGAGUCCAAAACGCUCAGUUCGGCAUCCGGAAAGACGGCACCCUUGUUGUCGGGUACCUUUCCGAGGAAGAGGUCUUGGCGAAAGAGAACCCCUUUGUGCAGCUCCUGAGUGGGGUGGUUUGGCUCCUGCGAAAUGGGGAAGUGUAUGUGAAUCAGAGCCAGGCCGUGGAGUGCGAUGAGACACAGACGACAGGGACGUUUGACACGUUCAUCAAUACAGUGUCUGCUAGGACGGCUGUGGGGCACGACAGGCAAGGACGGCUGGUCUUGGUGCAUGUGGAUGGACAGACCAACGCAAGAGGUCUGAACCUUUGGGAAAUGGCAGAAUUCCUGAAGAAACAGGACAUCGUCAAUGCCAUCAAUUUAGACGGUGGAGGAUCGGCCACCCUGGUCUUGAACGGCACCCUUGCCAGCUACCCCUCCGAUCACUGUGCGUUCGACAGCAUGUGGCGCUGUGCUCGACCCAUCUCAACCGUCCUGUGCGUCCACGAGCCUCUUUGCCGGCCUCCGGACUGCGGGGGACACGGGCGCUGCCUCCUGGGGCAAUGCCAAUGCGACGGGGCUUUUUGGAAAGGCCCCGCUUGCAACAUCCUGGACUGCGGACCUUCCAACUGCAGCUUCCAUGGGAUCUGCACACAGGCAGGAUGCCUUUGCGAUGCUGGCUGGGAAGGCGCAAACUGCACUGAAGUCUGUGCAAAAGGAUCCUAUGGGGACGGCUGCCUCCAGAAAUGCCUUUGCCUCAAUGGUGGCCAGUGCGACCCUGUCCACGGAUCCUGCACUUGCCCAGAUGGCUACCAAGGAAAACUCUGUGAAGAAGCCUGCCCCGUCGGACAAUACGGCCCAAACUGCCAGCAUUCCUGCCAUUGUCCAAACCAAUGUCCUUGUGACCAGAAGACGGGCAGCUGCAAUAUUUUUUCUGCAUCUCCCGGAAUAGCCGGACAGUGUUUGUUGAAAGACAGUCAGGAGGAGCACCUCUUCACACAGAAGGCCUGGAUAGGUAUAACGUUGAGUUUGUCCAUCCUGCUUUUGCUCAGUGGUGCGAUGAAUGUGAGGCUGCUCUUGUGCCGCUCCCUGGAGCAAAGAGAGCGUGGGAAAUACAUUUAUCACCCACUGGAGGACAUGAAUAGGGAGAGCCACCGGUGCCCAUCAUCAGACGACAUUUGGGAUGCUGUGCAGAGAGAAAGAGCCGAUUCCCUUUGAGGAGAAGACAAACGCAGCACUUUCCAUCCCAGCAGCACUUUGUAGCAAAACCUUCCAUGGGUUUUCUUGUUCAUGAAGAACAAUGGAGAGUGGGAGGAUGUUCAUCACUGGAGAAAAGAGCCUAAACUAUCCUGUGACAUUUGUGAAAUCAUGAGAAGUGUCCCUGAUGGAACAUUUUUUACAGAGAUGAAUAUGUAUUGAUGAUGUAUGGCUCUGGAAGGACACCUGAAGGAAACAUUUUAAGCCGAGGUUCAUGUUCUCUCACUGUUGAAGGGCCAGACUAUACUUUGCAAGAAACAUGAGCGCACUGCUCAUACCUUAUUUGGAGUGCAACAAAACCGCGAAAGAACAAUACAAUAUUUAAUAUGAAGAACAAUUUUAACCAACAUAAACUUACCCGUAUUGCAAUGGGAAAUGUGGCCCUGGCUGGCGAGAGAGUCACAUUUAUUAGGAUUUUUGUUGUGUGCCUUCAAAUCGUUUCAAGACCCUCCAGUGGCGCAAUGGGUCGAACCCUUGUGCAGGCAGGAUUGCUAACCGACAGGUUGGCGGUUCAAAUCCAGGGAGAAUGGGUGAGUUCCUUCUGUCAGCUCUACCUCCCCAUGCGGGGACAUGAGAGAAGCCUCCCACAAGGAUGGUAAAAACAUCAAACAUUCGGGCAACAUCCCCUGGGCAACAUCCUUGCAGACAGCCAAUUCUCUCACACCAGAAGCAACUUGUAAUUUCUCAAGUCGCUCCUGACACACAAAUUUUUUUAGACUAUCACAGAGUUUACUUAUCAAGAAUUAUUCAAAGGGGAUUUGCCUUUGUUUUCAUCUGAGGUUAAGAGUGGGACUUGGUUAAAGUCACACUUAUUUUCCUCCAUCCCUCUCUCAAUCCUUCCUUUCUUCCAUGUGUGACACGAAGCAAAGGAAUGUGUGACACAAAGCAAAAGCAAUGCAGUGAGGGUGAAUAAAUUGCCUUGGCGGGCUGUAUUCUGACCAUGGAGUUUAGUUUGAGGACCCGAAUUCUGUGACUAAUACGCGUAUGUGCCUUCGAGUUGCCUACUGACUUAUGGCAACUCUAUUUAUUCAACGGUGUUCUUAAGCAGCAAAUAAUUAAGUGGUGGGUUUGACAGUUCCUUCCUCCAAAACAAAGCCUCCAGCAGUUGGUAUUCAUUGGUGGUCUCCCAUUCAAGUACGAUCCAGGGCUGACCUUGCUUAGUUUCAAACAUCAGACUGGAUCUGGUGCCUUUAGGGUAUUUUGGCAUAGGCAAAUGCAUCUUACCAAGCUCCCUGAUAAACAAACUUAAUUUUUUAGCACUCACUGGCACCAUUAUGUCCUUUCCACUGUUGCUGUUUUGGGCAAACUCCCCAAACUGGAAGUUUGAGGGCUAAAACAUCUGGUAGGAUGGAAGGGUGAAAUGAACUAAAAUCAUAAUAAGGGAGCUUAUGAUGUCCAAUCGCCAUCAUUUCUGGAAGUUGCUCACUCAUGCCAUAAAAGCACAGGCUUUCUGUUCAAUGGAAUUAACGUUGCCCAAGCAGAUCCAAACGCCAGCAAGAAAGACGAGAGUAUUGUAAUUUCAACGAUCCUUAAGUGAAAAGGUGAGUUGAACUUGAACAUUGGAUUGUUCAAAUAGUAAUAGAAUGAAGGCCUGGGAAGCUUAGGUUUGUUUAUUUCCUCCAAAGAGCUCAGAGAUAAAAUGCUGAAUAGGGCCUUAAGGUAUUAUGGUUCUUACUUCCAAUUAAAAUGAUGACAGAAUUAAUUGUUGUGCUUUAGGUUUUCAUGGGUCUCACUUUGGUCUCAUGACAAAGGGUUUUUCAGUAAUAUUUUUUGAAAGACAACUGUUUCCUUUGGGCCAAGAGAGUUAUUUAAAAGCCUGAAUUGGAAUAUCUGACUCGCUUUAGGUGCACUUUACUUCAUUUUGGACCAAUGGCCGAAACCCACUGAUUUUUGGUUUUAGGUCACGUUUGAAACUUUGUCUUGAAAUAAUCUAUUUUGUUAUCACUGGAAACGAGAGAACUGAAGAAACAUGGCAUUUGUACAAAAUAAACAGAUUUUUCUCUCUCCUC